UUGCCGAUUCCUGUUUCUCCGACCCAAUACGCCAUUUUCUCUUUCACUCUCUCUCUCUCUUCAAAAUGUCUAUGAUAUUUGAGAGAGAGAGAAGGUGAAGAUGAAGAUGAAGACAUAGUCACAGUUCUUCCCAAAUAUCUCUCUCACCAUCCCCAAAAUCUCUCCAUAACAACACUCAACAAACCCUAACAGACAAAUUUCAUCUCACUUUCUUUCUUUUUCUUGCCCUAACUAUUACAAUUUUCCAUUGUUCUUUUUUGCUGUUCGAUCACCGCCGGUUCUUUUUCCGGCAUGAUAAUGGACCCGAAUCUUUGGCGUGCUUUUGCCGGCUAUUCUGCCCAUAUCCACACUGUCGGUUCUGAAGUUUACUAUUUCGUUCAAGGACAUGUCGAACAAGCUACUUAUGUUCCCACACUUUCUCGGUCUGUUCUUUCUAACCCUAUUACUAAAUGUAUCGUUUCUGCUGCCGAUUAUAAUGCCGAUUCACUGUCUGACGAAGUCUGUCUUAAGUUGAAUCUUAAUCCAAUUCGUCCUGGUGAGAGUGGGUCUGAAGUGGUUUCUGGAUUUAAUUGUUCUGAUGAUGGUAGUGGGAACAGGAAUACAAUUGAGAAGUUUGCUAAGAUUCUUACAUCUUCUGAUGCUAAUAAUGGCGGUGGAUUUUCUGUACCGCGGUAUUGUGCCGAUUCUAUUUUUCCUCCCUUGAAUUAUAAGGUUGAACCGCCGGUGCAGACUUUAUCGAUUACUGAUGUUCAUGGAGUUGUUUGGAAUUUUCGUCAUAUUUAUCGUGGGACGCCGAGGCGGCAUUUGCUCACUACUGGGUGGAGUAAGUUUGUGAAUCAUAAGAAGCUGGUUGCGGGUGAUGCCGUCAUUUUCGCAAAGAAUUCCAGUGGGGAUAUGUUCGUGGGCAUUCGUCGUGCCACACCCUCAAGGGCUAUUGUAGGCGGUGAUUGUAGCAGAUGGAAUAGCCAGAUUGGUGGAGGAAGGUACAAUGUGGAGGAGAAACGUUCUGGAGAUGGAGGAAGUGAAGUUUUCUCCCGAAGUAAUAUUGGGAAGGUGCCGGCUGAGGCGGUCGCUAACGCUGCGGAAUUGGCCACGCAAUUUAAGCCAUUCGAGGUGGUUUAUUAUCCUAGGGCUGGCUUGUCCGAAUUUGUUGUUCCAGCUGAGAAAGUGAACAAUUCGAUGAAUUAUCAGUGGUAUUCUGGGUUAAGAGUGAAAAUGCCUUUGGAGACGGAGGAUUCUUUGAAGAUGCAAUGGUAUCAAGGGACUGUAACCUCAGCAUCUAUUCCUGCCCAUGGGCCUUGGAUGGGUUCUCCAUGGCGUAUGCUUGAGGUUACAUGGGAAGAAACUGAUGCUCUGCAGAGUGCUAAGUAUGUGAGCCCUUGGGAGGUUGAACUUGCUACACCCACUCCUCCAAUCCCUCCUCUUCACCCAGCAAAGAAAUUUAGAGGUCCCCAGAAAUCUGCGGUGGUGAAUGGUGAAGCAGAUCUGUUUUCACCUCUGAUGACAUUCGGUGAUUCAACAAUGGGGCAAUUCAACCAAUCAUUGUUGAGUUUUAACUCAUUUCCUGCUGGCAUGCAGGGAGCCAGGCAAAAUUUUUUCUGUGAAUCUGGGUUAUUCAAUCCAUAUAAUGAAAUUACUCCACCAACAUGUGAUGAAAUUUCCACGUGCAAGCUGAAUGCAGCGCCAAAGACACAAACGGUGUCUACUGACCUCCAAAUUGGUAGUGUGCAAUCGGAUACCUUAUCGCCUGAUAGUCAGGCUAGUGUUCUUUCCUUUGCCACAGGAACGGCUGAGAACCAGACCUGCAACUCAACUAAAGCUGGAGUAUAUUCAAUUCAAUUGUUUGGUCAAAUCAUAUAUACGAAUCCGCCUGUUCAAAAUGGACAUCACGGUGCUAACAAUGACGAUGGCGACAAGAAGCGUAAACAGUCCAGCUGAUCUUCUUUGAUCAGUACAAACUUUCUUGUAGUGUACUAGACUGGGAGCCUUGGGAUCCAAAGUUCUUCCUUAGUAAAUAGUAGUAACAUCUUUGUUUUGAGUAGAAGCAGCUGUACAGUACAGGUACUUGAGCUAGGCAGGAAGCUGACUACAGUAUGAACAUCCGUAGCUGAUUGUGUUUUUUCCAUGGUAGUUUGUUUUGUCUGACCUCAAAAAGUCUAAGACUCUUUGAUUUGAAUAUUUGUUGACGUUUGAAUAUUUUGUUGCUGAGUUUGCUUUAGAUGUUGACAAUGCUUUGGAUAUUGUUGAACUAUUUUAAUGCUUUUUCUAGUGUAUGGUUUGAGACAUGAUUUGUUAUGCUCUUGAUUGUUUUAUUCUUUUUUAUUAUUAUUAUUAUUAUUAUUAUUGUA